AUGCCUCAAGCACCUCGUGCAUACAUUCUGGCGCAAUUAUCAAUGGCACAGAAUUUGCAACCAAUUUACAGAAAGAUGAACAGCGCAACAGCCCAGAUAAGGCCAGCGAGUAUCGUAGCCUUGUGCAACGGCGUUGUGGAAGCUCUGCAGAGCAGGCCGCUGCCGUCACUCGAUGAAAGCGUUCGCGCCGAGAAUCUCAGCUUGGAUGUCCAGAUGUGCCUGAAAUACUAUGUUCUGUUCAAACAAAGACAGAUAUCGCAGCCACCCCAUACGAAACUUGAACAAGACCACUCGGAGUCCGUAACGCGCCUGGCAGAUAGAUGUCGCACCAUUCUUUCGCUGCUGUAUGAUUUCCUCCGAUCGACAGCGCCUGAUGACCCAUUGAGUGACUACAAGGCUGAAGCCAGGCAAUUGUUGACUGCGGAAACAUGUGCCACUUUCCGCUCUCACUUGACUGUUCAUACAAAGGUGUCCCAAUUGACCAUCAAUGUCCUUGAUCUGUCCAAGGCGCUACAUGUGGCACCGUUUGACAACUUGUCUCAUACGCCGCACAGUGUCUAUCAAUGGAAGCAAAACGCGCGUCAGCAUGAUAUUUACUCUCUGCGGCAAAGUACAUCGCAUUCACUUCAAGAGUUGAAGAAAUAUCUAGGACUCGCAAGAGAUCUGGUCAACGGAAAGCUACACAUCUCAAAUGCUGACGCUAACGGCUUGCGAUCUGAUGUUACGCGUUGCCUUGAGUCUGUAGAGAGCAUCGUUCAAGUGACGAGGAUAAGAGGGUUCGCGGACUUCCAAGACGAGAAGCGGUCAUUACCAGAGGGAACUUCGUCAGCGCCAACGAUACCAUCAAACGCUGUCGACAUGACAUCUCUCCGCCGCUUUGAGCACAGACCAAAGGAGCGCCAAUUUCUUGAUCCGUUUGACGACGAUGAGGAGAAAGUCCAGGAUAGCGUCGAGUCCGAGUACUCUGAUCCCGAGCCCGAUUUCCAGGAAAAUCUCCCUCCAGCGGUCUACACUGAACUCAUCAGAACUCAGAAUGAAGAAGUGCAGCGUGCGAUGUCGGUGAGUGACUGGCCCAAAGCAGAGAAGGCCCAUCAACAAGCAAUGAAAUAUCUCGAAGAUCGCGAAACGCAACUCGGCAUACCCUUCGACAACGAAUGUCAAAUGCAGGAAACACUCAUCGAGAUCCUUACGAAAUCUCAGCAAUAUGAUCGUGCCAAAUCAAUCCUGAACCACUUGCUGAAGCAGGAGAAGACGGAAAGUAAUCGCAAAUGGCGUCUCUAUCACACACUUUCCACCGUCUACGUCGCCCAGAAUCGCCUUGCGGACGCAGAGAAGUUUGCGAAACGCGCAUACAUUGGCCGUGAGAAAACCUUAGGGAAAGGCCACAUGCUGAUCUCCGAGUCCGCGAACCUGCUCAUUCUCAUCUACGACCGCAUGGGCAACACCUCCACUGCGCAGGUCUUUCGAAAUUUACACCCUCACUCCAUAUCGCAUCCCUCUGCCUCUGCCAAUGCCACCUCCCCUUCUAUGUGCACCACCUCGAAUCUCCCAACAGCGCCCCAGAUCUUCAAACAUGUCGGUACCAAACGCGUACCCUGGACACCCGAUCUAAGCGUCGACAUGAACGCACUCACCAAAUCCGGCAAAACGCCCCUCAUCAAUGCCAUCAUCUCUGGCGACGACGAUUUCGUCCACCAAACCCUCACCAACGGCGCAGACGUCGAGACACGCGGCUCGCAGUCUAUCACACCCCUCAUGCACGCCAUCAUCACCAGCCAGGCGAAAAUCGCCGGUGUGCUGCUCAGCCGGGGAGCGGCCGUCGACUCGCUGACAGCGGGCUGGACGGCCUUAGCAAAAGCCGCAGAUAUGGGGCACGGCGCCCUCGUGGACCUCCUUCUCGAAAACGGUGCCGACAUUGAUGCCCGUUCGCCUCAAAAGUUCCGCCCCAAAGCAGCUAACCAUAGCAGCAAGCACGAUCGCAACGCCUCCCAAGCAACUACCACCGGUUCAGCCUCCUCCUCUAACCCCUCUGACACCGAUGCCUCCUCCACUAGUGGCCGGGGUGGGUGGACCCCCCUUCUCCGCGCCGCCGAAAAAGGUCAAGAGGGCAUCGUACGCCUGCUCCUCGAUCGCGGCGCCGACAUCGAAGCCGGCAACCCGACCUCUCGCACCGCGCUCGCCUGCGCGACGGAGAACCAGCACGAAGCCGUGGUGGACCUGCUCCUCUCCCGCGGCGCGGACGUGGACGCCGAAGACGAGUUCGGCUGGCGGGCUCUCCAUCUAGCCUCCUUCCAUCACGGGGGCGAGGGCGUUGCACUGUCCCUUCUCAACGGCGGUGCGGUGCAUAGGGAUAGUGUCGUCAGCGCCACGACGUCGCCGCCCCCACCGCCAUAUUCGGCCUUCGCAAGACCAGGUGCGCUACCAGAGGCCAAUCCAGUAACAACAUCCCCCUCACCCGCACCCGCAACAGCCAAGUCGGCAAAAGCCUCCCCCACGCCCCAGACCACCACGGCAAAUCCCCGCUGCACUACGCCAUCGAGCGCGACAACUUUCCUUUGA